CUUUUAUACGUGUCAAGAAAUUUCUUUUAGAUUUUCUAAUUAAAUUUUAUGAUUAUCAUAAAUUAAUUUAGUUACUCUGAAAUAAUUCAUAUUACUGCCAAACAAAUAGUAAGUAGAUUCAAUUUAAAAAAAAUAGAAGAAUUAGUUCAAGCAAAUUAAUUAAAAAUAUUUAAUGUAGAAGCCACUUACUAAAUACGCUAGUAAAAUAGAGGGUUAUGCGUUUCAAAUAAAGUAUAAUAGAUCAAACAAUUAUAAUAAUAAACUCUAAAAGUGUAUACAUUAAAAUAGACAAAGCUUGCUUAUAAUAUUACAAAUAUUUGA